AUGAAGCAAGAAGUCUCCAUGGAGGAUCGCUUGAUGGGUCUUCGAUCAAUAUUUCAUGGGCCAGUGCUUUUUCCAAAUACUCUCAUGAAUUCAGGCGGAAUGAUCCCACCUCAUAUUGCUGCAGCUGUUGCUCUAUCGAUGAAUCACCGCAUGGCACAAACAAGGUGUCAGGCUGGAACAGGAAGCUGCAUUGUGGACAAAGCUCACAGAAAUCAAUGUCAAGCUUGCCGAUUGAAAAAAUGUCUCAGCAAAGGAAUGAAUAAAGAUGGUGUGAUCGCCUUUUCAGCCGUACAAAAUGAACGACAACCACGUAAUACCGCAACGAUCCGACCAAGUGUUGACAUGGAUCCUCAUAACUUCUUGAGGGAGUAUGCCGGCGCUGUUUCGGCUGUUCUGUCGCAAUCGGAGUUACCACCACGAGAAGAAUCUCCGCUGAGUGCAACAAGUGAGGGAAGGACAGAAGAUGAAAAGGUUAACAUAUUUGCACGAUGCGGCCGGCUCCUCCUUAUGCUGGGACAGUUGCGCGGCAUUCCACCUAUCUUUGUGGAUCAAAUCCUCUCUUCUGAAGGAGGUUAUCACAAGAUAUUGUCACGCUAUAUAUAG